AUGGCUGGACAAGCUUUUAGGAAGUUUCUUCUGCCUUUUUUUUUUCAAGUAUUGGUUGAAAGGAGUGCCUCCAAAACUGUAACCAAAGGUGGCAUUAUGCUUCCAGAAAAGUCUCAAAGAAAAGUGUGUGGCUUGGCUGUGGGGUCAGGCGGGAAAGGAAAGAGUGGAGAAAUUGAGCCUGUCAGUGUGAAAGUUGAAGAUAAAGUUCUUCUCCCAGAAUAUGGAGGCACCAAAGUAGUUCCAGACGACAAGGACUAUUUCUUAUUUAGAGAUAGUGACAUUCUUGGAAAGUAUGUCGACUGA